CAGGGCAGGGGCGCCUGGAAGAUGGAAUCGGGGUGUCGGGGCCGCACGGGCUCCCCGCCGCCCUCGGUCCCCGGACCCGGGAGGACUCGGCCGGGGGUCGGCGGGGGCGCCCCCGCCUGGCUGCUAUGCUCCGGCUUCCUCUACCUGGCGCUCUGGGCGCAGGUGUCCCAGUCCAAGCCGUGCGACAGGACCGGCUCCUGCUUCUCGGGCCGCUGUGUCAACUCCACCUGCCUCUGCGAGCCGGGCUGGGUGGGGGACCAGUGCCAGCACUGCCAGGGCAGGUUCAAGUUAACAGAACCUUCUGGAUAUUUAACAGAUGGUCCAAUUAACUAUAAAUAUAAAACUAAAUGUACAUGGCUGAUUGAAGGCUAUCCAAAUGCAGUAUUAAGAUUAAGAUUCAAUCAUUUUGCUACAGAAUGUAGCUGGGAUCAUAUGUAUGUUUAUGAUGGAGAUUCAAUAUAUGCCCCUUUAAUUGCUGUUCUUAGUGGCCUGAUUGUCCCUGAAACCCGAGGGAACGAAACUGUGCCCGAAGUUGUCACAACAUCCGGCUAUGCACUGUUACAUUUUUUUAGUGAUGCUGCAUAUAAUCUAACUGGUUUCAACAUUUUUUACUCAAUUAAUUCUUGUCCAAACAAUUGCUCUGGCCAUGGGAAGUGUACAACGAGUACCUCGGUUCCAAGUCAGGUAUAUUGUGAGUGCGACAAAUACUGGAAGGGCGAAGCUUGUGAUAUCCCAUACUGUAAAGCCAACUGCGGCAGCCCUGAUCACGGCUACUGUGACCUCACCGGAGAAAAACUGUGUGUCUGCAAUGACAGCUGGCAGGGUCCUGAUUGCUCUUUGAAUGUUCCUUCUACCGAGUCUUACUGGAUUCUGCCAAAUGUCAAACCCUUCAGUCCUUCUGUAGGCCGGGCUUCCCAUAAAGCAGUUUUACAUGGGAAAUUUAUGUGGGUGAUUGGUGGAUACACCUUUAACUACAGUUCUUUUCAAAUGGUCCUGAAUUACAAUUUAGAGAGCAGUAUAUGGAAUGCAGGAACUCUAUUAAGGGGACCUCUCCAGAGAUACGGACACUCUCUUGCUUUAUAUCAGGAGGACAUCUUUAUGUAUGGAGGCAGAAUCGAGACCAGUGAUGGCAAUGUCACAGAUGAAUUGUGGAUUUUUAACAUACACCGCCAGGCUUGGAGCACAAAAACUCCGACUGUUCUUGGACAUGGUCAGCAGUAUGCCGUGGAGGGUCAUUCCGCUCAUAUUAUGGAACUGGACAGUAGAGAUGUUGUCAUGAUCAUCAUAUUUGGAUACUCUUCAAUCUAUGGUUAUACAAGCAGCAUUCAAGAGUAUCAUAUCUCAUCAAACACGUGGCUUGUUCCAGAAACCAAAGGAGCUAUUGUUCAAGGCGGCUAUGGCCAUACCAGUGUGUAUGAUGAGAUAACCAAGUCUAUAUAUGUUCAUGGAGGCUAUAAGGCAUUACCAGGCAAUAAAUAUGGAUUGGUAGAUGACCUUUAUAAGUACGAAGUUAAUACUAAGACUUGGACUAUUUUGAAAGAAAGUGGGUUUGCCAGAUAUCUUCAUUCUGCUGUUCUUAUCAAUGGAGCUAUGCUGAUUUUUGGAGGAAAUACUCAUAAUGAUACUUCCUUGAGUAACGGGGCAAAAUGUUUUUCUGCUGAUUUCCUGGCAUAUGACAUAGCUUGUGAUGAAUGGAAAAUAUUACCCAAACCAAAUCUUCAUAGAGAUGUCAACAGAUUUGGACACUCUGCAGUUGUCAUUAAUGGGUCCAUGUAUAUAUUUGGAGGAUUUUCUAGUGUGCUCCUUAGUGAUAUUCUUGUAUAUAAGCCCCCAAACUGCAAAGCUUUCAAAGAUGAAGACCUUUGUAAAAAUGCUGGUCCAGGGAUAAAAUGUAUUUGGAAUAAAAACCACUGUGAGUCUUGGGAAUCGGGGAAUUCUAAUAAUAUUAUUAGAGCCAAGUGCCCUUCUAAAACAGUUGCUUCUGAUGACAGAUGUUACAGGUAUGCAGACUGUGCCAGCUGUACUGCCAACACAAAUGGGUGCCAAUGGUGUGAUGACAAGAAAUGCAUCUCAGCAAGUAGUAACUGUAGUAUGUCUGUGAAAAACUACACCAAAUGUCAUGUGAGAAAUGAGCAGAUCUGUAACAAACUCACCAGCUGUAAAAGUUGUUCAUUGAACUUGAACUGCCAGUGGGAUCAGAGACAGCAAGAAUGCCAGGCGUUACCAGCUCAUCUUUGUGGAGAAGGUUGGAAUCAUAUUGGUGAUGCAUGUCUUAGACUCAAUUCCAGUAGGGAGAGCUAUGAUAAUGCCAAACUUUAUUGCUAUAAUCUUAGUGGGAAUCUUGCUUCAUUAACGACUCCCAAAGAAGUAGAAUUUGUUCUGGAUGAAAUACAGAAGUAUACGCAACAGAAAGUCUCGCCAUGGGUAGGUCUGCGCAAGAUCAACAUCUCUUACUGGGGCUGGGAGGACAUGUCCCCGUUCACCAACACCACACUGCAAUGGCUUCCAGGGGAGCCCAAUGACUCAGGGUUCUGUGCCUAUCUGGAAAGGGCUGCUGUGGCAGGGCUGAAAGCAAAUCCUUGCACAUCAAUGGCAGAUGGCCUCGUCUGUGAAAAGCCUGUGGUGAGCCCGAAUCAGAACGCGCGACCUUGCAAGAAGCCAUGCUCACUGCGGACGUCAUGCUCCAACUGCACAAGCCAUGGCAUGGAGUGCAUGUGGUGCAGCAGCACCCGGCGCUGUGUCGACUCCAAUGCUUACAUCAUCUCCUUCCCCUAUGGGCAGUGUCUGGAGUGGCAGACGGCCACCUGCUCACCUCAAAAUUGUUCUGGAUUGAGAACCUGUGGACAAUGUUUGGAGCAGCCUGGAUGCGGCUGGUGCAAUGACCCUAGUAAUACAGGAAGAGGACACUGUGUGGAAGGGUCUUCACGAGGACCCAUGAAGCUUGUCGGGAUGCACAACAGCGAGAUGGUUCUUGACACCAGUCUUUGUCCGAAGGAGAAGAACUACGAGUGGUCCUUUAUCCAGUGUCCAGCUUGCCAGUGCAAUGGACAUAGCACCUGCAUCAAUAAUAAUGUGUGUGAACAGUGUAAAAACCUCACCACAGGGAAGCAGUGUCAAGACUGCAUGCCAGGCUAUUAUGGUGACCCAACCAAUGGAGGCCAGUGUACAGCUUGUACAUGCAGUGGCCAUGCAAAUAUUUGUCAUAUGCACACAGGAAAAUGUUUCUGCACAACAAAAGGAAUAAAAGGUGACCAAUGCCAAUUAUGUGACUCUGAAAAUCGCUAUGUUGGUAAUCCACUUAGAGGAACAUGUUACUAUAGCCUUUUGAUUGAUUAUCAGUUUACAUUCAGCUUAUUACAGGAAGAUGAUCGUCACCACACUGCCAUCAACUUCAUAGCAAAUCCAGAACAGUCAAACAAAAAUUUGGAUAUUUCAAUUAAUGCAUCCAACAAUUUUAAUCUCAACAUUACGUGGUCUGUUGGUUCCACAGCUGGCACAAUAUCUGGAGAGGAGACUCCCAUAGUUUCCAAAACUAAUAUAAAGGACUACAGAGAUAGUUUUUCAUAUGAAAAAUUUAACUUUAGAAGUAACCCCAACAUUACAUUCUAUGUGUAUGUCAGCAACUUCUCUUGGCCUAUCAAAAUACAGAUUGCAUUUUCACAACAUAAUACAAUCAUGGAUCUUGUGCAGUUUUUUGUCACCUUCUUCAGUUGUUUUUUAUCCUUAUUACUGGUGGCUGCUGUGGUAUGGAAGAUUAAACAAACGUGUUGGGCUUCUCGACGAAGAGAGCAACUGCUUCGAGAACGACAGCAGAUGGCCAGCCGUCCCUUUGCUUCUGUUGAUGUAGCGCUGGAAGUAGGAGCUGAACAAACAGACUUUCUGCGAGGGCCUUUAGAGGGUGCUCCCAAGCCAAUAGCCAUUGAACCAUGUGCUGGGAAUAGAGCUGCCGUGCUGACUGUGUUCCUUUGUCUUCCUCGAGGAUCAUCAGGAGCUCCUCCCCCUGGGCAGUCAGGACUUGCUAUUGCCAGUGCCCUUGUGGAUAUUUCACAACAGAAGCCCUCAGAGAGUAAAGACAAAACUUCAGGGGUCAGAAAUCGAAAGCACCACCUCUCAACACGCCAAGGAACUUGUGUCUGAGAAACAGAAACUGCCUGGAUCUUCCGGAGUGUUUGUCUUUGCAAACGGCUUUCUCUCAGGCUGGUUUCUGACUUCUGGACCUCUGUUCUUCUGGAGGCCAGGCCACAUUUGGACCCCAGGCCUGAGUGCAGUUCUCUCUAAAUGGGUAAUGACCCAUGUGGCCAAAGAAUGCUCACGAGUUUUAUAAAAGCAACAGUUUUGAUGGUCACGGGUGAUGAAGUCAGUUUUUACAGCUCUCAUAGGCUUAUCAUAGAUAAUAUUAAAUUACUCUAGAAAAAAGAUGUAUAUUGUUUCUUAAUGCAGAUGAAAAAUAUGUAAUUCAUAUAAACCAAAUUGUUUAUAUCCCAAGACUUUAAAGAGAGACAUUUUAUAAUGCCUGAAUGAUGAGAAUUGUACAGUUUUUGCCUAAUACACAUAAACUUAAAACCUCUUGUAUAUUUAACGGGAAAUGAACAGGAAAUGAACAAACGGCAAUGGUUUUAAUGUUAUUUUAUCUCAGUAUAAAUGUAAAAAUCAAGAUUUUGUUUGAAUAGGAUGUAGGUAAUGUAUUUCAGUAUUUCACAUGACUCUCAUGUCCUAAACUCAAUUGGAGAAUGUGAUCAUUUUCCACAGAACUGGAAUGUGAAGCCCAAAUGAGUCUGUUUGGAUGGAUGGUAUAUGUGACUUCACAGGCAGUAUAUUAGAAUUUUAAGUGAAAGAGGACAUUCCUGUAGUCCACGCCAACUGCCUCAUUUAUUAUCAGAGUUGAUAGCAUGGAAAAGCCUGUCCAGCGAUCAUUCCGUCUUUCCAAAAGAGCAACCUCCCAAUACCACAAACCUAAAGAGAAUGGAAAUCUUUUUCUACAGUGUGCCCAAGCUUCUGCUCCAAAAUGGUAGCUUUUAAUUGCUUUUGAGUCACUGGAUCAAACCUCAGAGACACAUCUGCUGUUUUAUAAGAACCAGCCACCAACUCCUUUUGACCUAUCUCUUAAAUGCCAGAUUAUAUCUACUGCACACAAAUGUUGUGAGAAAAAUUUUAGUUGAAAUGUCUCCAAAUUAUACAGGUUCCCCUCCUGCCAGCUUUUUCAUUUAGACAAUGAGGAAUGAAAUGUUUCCACUGUCUUCUGAUUUCUAACAUGAACACAUUGAUACCAGGAGAAAAAGUCUCCAGCUUAAGAAUCAGCUCAUUGUUCCCCACAAUAAGCAUUAAUCUGAAGGACUAAAAAUUAGUUUAUAGCAGAAAGAAAAAAUGAUAUUAAACAACUUUCACAUUGAAACAUACAGUCAUCUGUGUCCUAAAAUUGACAACCAUUGAGGAGUUCCAUAGUGUGAAAGAUCUUAUUUGGAAUGGCAAUCUGAACUUCCGGGUGACUUAUAGGUUAGGCUAUUAAGCAGUGGUGGAAAGAUCUAAAAUUUCUGUAUAUGAUAUGUUUUUUUAAAUAUGAAAAAUCACUUAAAUACAAUUGAUGUCUAGUACUAUCUAUGGACUUUCCAUGUUCUUUGGAUUUCUGGAGGGUAAUGACACUUCACUGUUUACAGCUAAUGCAUAGUUCCCUGCAUGCUAUGGUUGUGCCACAGCAAAAUAUGACCCCAUUGUGAUAUUAAAUGUUUAUUUUAUAAUGCCAUUUAUCCAUAGGCAGUGUAAUUUAAUGAGGUUUGAAUGUAAUAUAUAAUGGGAAUAACCACAUAAUAAGUAGUUGCAUUGUAUAUAAGAUUGCUAGGUUGCAUCUAACCAUGACUAUGUCAUUGUUUUGGUAAUUAGGUACUUACGAAUCAUAGUAUAUAUUCCUUAUGUUGGCAUGAUGAGUUUUGCUACUUUCCAUGUAUUAAAAAUAAGACU